UUUUGCCAAAUGGUGCUGUGUCUGCACCCAGGAUCCGAACCGGUGAACCCCGGGCUGCCAAGAAGCAGAACGUGCAAGCUUAACCGCUGCGCCACUGGACCGGCCCUGAAGCGCAGCUUUAGAUGAUUCCUAUCCUAGCAGUCUCUGCACCGGCCCCGCAGUGAACCAGUGAGAGAGCAGCCGGCGGUAAUUAGUAACAUAACUACCUCUUGGGGCCAUCCAGCUCAGGAGUCUCAGUUAAAGAUUGCCUUGGAAAAAUUCUAAUCUCUUUGCUGCGCAAAGAGGAAAUGGGCUAGAAGAGAUGCAGACCGUUUCUGUGCUCCUAAUGAUCAUUCAUGAUAUUGGUAUCAACUUGACAGAUCCCAUGUUCAGAGGAAUUUAUAGAGGGGUUCAAAAGCAUCAAGAUGACUUACAGGAUGUAAUAGAGAGAGCUGUCCAGAUUGGUGUUAAAAAGUUUAUGAUUACGGGUGGAAAUCUACAAGACAGUAAAGAUGCACUGCAUUUGGCACAAACAAAUGAUAUGUUUUUCAGCACAGUUGGAUGUCAUCCUACGAGAUGUGAUGAAUUUGAAAAGAAUGACCCCGAUCUUUACCUAAUGGAGUUGCUAAAUCUUGCUGAAAACAACAAGGGGAAAGUUGUGGCAAUAGGGGAAUGUGGACUUGAUUUUGACCGACUGGAGUUUUGUCCCAAAGAUACUCAGCUCAAAUAUUUUGAAAAACAGUUUGAACUGUCAGAACAAACAAAACUACCAAUGUUUCUUCACUGUCGGAACUCACAUGCCGAAUUUUUGGACAUAAUGAAAAGAAAUAGAGAUCGAUGUGUGGGUGGAGUGGUGCAUUCAUUUGAUGGCAGCAAGGAAGCAGCAGCUGCUCUGAUUGACUUGGAUCUCUAUAUAGGAUUUAAUGGUUGUUCACUGAAAACUGAGGCUAAUUUGGAAGUUUUGAAGUCAAUACCUACUGAAAAAUUAAUGAUUGAGACUGAUGCACCUUGGUGUGGAGUCAAAAGUACACAUGCUGGAUCAAAAUACAUAAAAACUUCAUUUCCUACCAAAAAGAAGUGGGAAAAUGGGCACUGUCUGAAAGACAGAAAUGAACCCUGCCAUAUAAUCCAAAUACUGGAGAUAAUGUCAGCAGUAAGAGAUGAGGACCCACUGGAAUUAGCCAAUACGCUAUAUAACAACACCAUUAAAAUAUUUUUUCCUGACAUGUAAUUGGUAUGUGUCUUCCAUUUUCCAUCAUGUAUGUAA